UUUUGAUUAACCGUCUAACCAAAGGUCCUGACAACCCUGGCUGAUGAUGUGUUAUUCACGUCCAUCAUCUUCAAGAGGAAGAAGCCCCUUCACCGGCCAGAGGCAUUUCCGCUUUCUUUGCGUGUACACCUUGGAAACGUGACAAAAUGACUUGCAAGCGUCGUAACGGAGGACGUUCCAAGCACGGCAGGGGCCAUGUAAACCCUGUCCGUUGCACCAACUGCGCCCGGUGUGUGCCCAAGGAUAAGGCCAUCAAGAAGUUUGUUAUUCGUAACAUCGUCGAGGCUGCUGCCGUUCGUGACAUCACUGAAGCCUCUGUCUACACCAUGUACCAGCUGCCUAAGCUGUACGCCAAGCUGCACUACUGUGUCUCCUGCGCUAUCCAUUCCAAGGUUGUGCGCAACAGGUCGAAGGCUGAGAGGCGCAACAGGAACCCACCUCAGCGCAACUUCGCUCGAGGUGGCCCCAGACCUGGAGGACAGGCACCAAGGAAGUAAUUUGUCUUAAUAAAUUUAUAAAAUUUAACUA